UGCUGCAGAGUCCGGUGCAUUGUUCCCACGGCGCGGGUUGCCAGACAACCCCCCCGCCAAAGCCGACUCCGCUCGUAUUCAAAAGGCCCUCGCCUCCCCGACUUGCUCGAGCCCAUCAUCCCUCUCUCAACACUUGAACUCGUCUGCACGUCGUCGCCAUGACCCUCACCAAGCCCACUUCUCUCAAGAUCACCUACUUCAAUAUCGGCGGCCGCGCCGAGGCAACUCGCCUGAUCCUCUUCAUUGCCGGGAUCGACUUUGAAGACGAACGCAUCAAUCGCGAGCAGUUCCUUGCCCUCAAGCCCACGCUGCCUUUUGGACAGGUUCCGAUCCUGACUGUCGAUGGCGAGCACGUCAUUGCCCAGUCCAGGGUCAUCCAGCGCUAUGCUGGAGCCAUUGCCAAGCUAUAUCCCGGCGAGAGCGACCCUCUUGCGUCGCUCGUCAUCGACCAGAUCGCCGACACGAUCGAGGAUCUGUGGCUCAAGUAUCUGCCUGUCUUCCACGAGUCUGACGCUGCCAAGAAGCGGGAACUCAACGACAAGGUCAUUCAGCAGCAAUACCCCGCCCUCCUUGCCGGCUUUGACAAGUUCUUGGCCAAGUACGGUGGCAAAUACGCCGUUGGCGACAAGCUCACCUCUGCCGACGUUUUCCUCUACGACUACUUCAACGCCCUCACCGGACCGGACGCUGCGUUCGAGCUCAUCCCCAAAGACCUGAUCGACCCAUAUCCCAACAUCCUGCGGGUCGUCAACCUGGUGCGAGAGCAUCCGCGUGUUGUCGAAUGGGAAGCCAAGAAUGCCGCUCGUCAGUAACGGCUGCCGAUGGAUCUGGCCCGAGAGAGAGCCGCAUUCACAGCGUGCGGCGACAGAACGCAGCAGCUGGCGCUGCGAGCAUCUGUUACCAUCAAGUGGCCCGAUAUAUUAAUAUAGAUCUAUCCAACACCACCGAGAG